AUGCCUGCAGCUUUUGACCCACCAUAUUCAGUAAAGGCACCUAAUGCCCCAGUCAAAGAGGGCGAGACAGCUCCUAUGCGUCAUUUCAAGUUUGCCGACAAGCUCAUUGAUCAUCCUCCCAACAUUUAUACAAUGUGGGACAUGUACUUGGAGGGCAACAAGAUCGGUGGUGAUACUCCAUUUCUCGGUACUCGCCGCAUAAACGAUGGUGUUGCUUAUGAGUACGUGUGGCGUUCCCACAAAGAAGUGCGCCAAUCCAUUGAGAGCUAUGGCCGUGGUCUCGUGAGUCUUGGCUUGGGUCGUCAAAAAGCGAUUGGUGUAUACAGCAUUAACCGACCCGAGUGGACGAUGACUGAAUACGCAUCUUAUCGCCAAAGCUUCAUGAUUGUGGCCUUGUACGAUACGCUUGGUGCUGAAGCCAUUGAAUACAUUGUCAACCAAACCGAGAUGGAGUUUAUUGUCGCCAGUGCCGAUAAGCUAAACAACAUUACUCAGCUCAAAAGUCGUCUGCCAACCAUCAAAAAUGUCAUCAUUAUGGAUCACGACAAUCUCAAAGAAGCCGAUAAGAAGGCCGCCAAUGAAGCCGGCGUUGAAGUAUACACUUUCCAACAAGUUGAAAAGAUGGGUGCCUCUAUCAAGGAGGAAACAGAGCUUCCCAAGGCUGAGGAUAUUGCCACCAUUUGCUAUACCAGUGGCACGACCGGUGUCCCCAAAGGAGCUGUGCUUACACAUGCCAACUGCGUUGCUUCCAUUUAUUCAGCUGCUUGUGUUGGUGACUCGGGCUCGUUUGCUAGAGUGGAUGAAAACGAUGUCUACAUUUCCUAUCUUCCACUUGCACACGUGUUUGAGCGUGUGGCUCAAGGAUUGCAUGUCUUCCGAGGUGCUUCCAUUGGUUACUACCAGGGUGAUACGGCUAAAUUAUUGGAUGACAUUGCCGAAUUGAAGCCAACCGUUUUUUGCUCUGUUCCUCGUUUAUUCAAUCGUAUCUAUGACAAGGUCUUGGCCGGUGUUCGUGCAAAGGGUGGUUUGAGCAGCUUUUUGUUCCACAGAGCUUUCGGCUCUAAAAAGGCCAACUUGGAUACCACUGUAUACCAUUGGCUUUGGGAUCGCCUUGUCUUUAGCCAGAUCCGUCAAAAGCUUGGUGGUCGUUUGAGAUUCAUUUUGAGUGGUUCAGCACCUGUUUCACCUGAUGUCAUGGAUUUCAUGCGUAUUUGUUUCUCGGCCAAUGUAUACGAAGGCUAUGGUCAAACCGAAAACUUUUGUGGUGGCUGCUUGACGCUCACUGAUGAUAACACAUCCGGUGUGGUGGGUGCACCCUUCCCAUGCUCUGAGAUCAAGUUGGUGGAUGUACCUGACAUGGAUUAUCGUUCCACUGAUAAGCCCUUCCCACGUGGUGAGAUUUGUGUGCGUGGUCCAUCCAUUAUGCGAGAGUAUUACAAGGUGCCUGAUAAGACCGCUGAAGCUAUUGAUGAGGAUGGUUGGUUGCAUACGGGUGACAUUGGUCUAUUCGACUCGGCCAAUCGUCUUCAAAUCAUUGAUCGUCUCAAGAACAUCUUCAAGUUGUCUCAAGGCGAAUACAUUGCACCCGAAAAGAUCGAAGGUGUUUAUCAAAAGCAUGAGCUAGUUGCACAAGCCUUUGUGUAUGGUGAUUCCAAGCAAUCCUCCCUCGUUGGUAUUGUUGUGCCUGAUGCUGAAACUUUUGUCCCAUGGGCUCAAAGCAAGGUUUCUGGUUUGUCCAAGGAGGAAGCAUACAAGUCGGAUGAAGUGAAGAAGGAAUUGCUCAAGGUUUUGAAUGCAUAUGGCAAGGAAAAUGAUCUCAAGGGCUUUGAGCAGAUCAGAGCUAUUCAUUUGACAGCUGAGGAAUUCACGAUUGAGAAUGAUCUCCUUACCCCCACCUUCAAGCUCAAGCGUGAACUUGCACGCAAGGUAUAUGGAACCCAAAUCGAUGAAAUGUACAGCACCUUGUCCAAUGGCCGAAGCUUCAACUAG